AUGGAGAUGGUAAAGCAUGCCAUGGCUGGUGCUGCUGAUUCUAAUUCUAUCACUAAUCAGACUCACACCCCUUCUUCUUCUUCUUCUUCUUCUACUACUACUUCUGGUAAUGAUCAUAACAAGUUAUACAAAGGUGUGAGAAAGCGAAAGUGGGGGAAAUGGGUAUCUGAAAUAAGGCUUCCCAAUAGCCGUGAACGCAUAUGGUUAGGGUCUCAUGACUCUCCUGAGAAAGCUGCUCGAGCCUUUGAUGCUGCCCUUUAUUGUCUACGUGGUCGCCAUGCCAAUUUCAAUUUCCCUGACACACCUUUCAACUUGAAUAUCAAUAUAGCUGCUGCUGCCGGUGGUGCUGGUGGUGGUGGUGACAAAUCUCUUACCCCACAAGAGAUUCAAGAGGUUGCUGCUAAGUUUGCCAGCGAGGAGGUCCCACCAAUUGAUCAUAAUCAAGAACCUCAAAGUACUACUAAUUAUACCACAGCCUCCUCCUCGUCUUCUUCUACUAUGUGUGAAUAUGAUGGGACAGUGCAAGUGGAACAUGGAGGGGACAUGAUGAACACAAUGGAUUGGACAUUUUUGAAUGUGUUGGAUGAUCACUCCAUUGUUGGCCCCGAUUAUGUUCUCUAUUCUGAGCUAGACAGAAUGCACUCGGGUGAGUUAUUGUAUUCCACUCCACCACCACCAACCCCUUUUGUGGACAAUGAGGGCGAAAUUGAAGAUGAUGACCCUUUUUCUCACCAAUCUUUCCUUUGGAAUUGGAACUUUUGA